AGGUCAGCUUUCCUUCUCUCAGUCAGGCAAAUAGAUUUCAAACUUUUAAACAGAUAUUUUUCGGUUUAAAGUAAAACGUGUGCUCAAAAUAAAAACGCUCAUAUGUGAUUCAUUUUCGGUCAUAAAUGUGAAAUGUGUUUUUUUUCAUAUCGUUAUGUGCUUAUCAUAAUCGGUUAAAAUAAAAAUACUUAUUACUCAGGAAUAUUUUUCAAGUGAAGCUAUCACUUUGAAAGUUGUGCCUUUGCUUUAUAACUGGGUCAUUUAUUCUAUUUAAAUCGUAUAAAUACACGUCUCCCGUCUCCUCAUUGCUUUCAUCAAGUUUUCAACGUGAGUUCAAUUUGCAUGCAAAUUCGUCCGAUAGCGUAGAUCAACUUUCUCAGAUCGAAAAGCCAAAGGAAAGUGUGGGACCCAACCGGCACGUGAUAUCAUUAUUCGCAGGCGUCGACUUAUCUGAUGCCAAAGUUCACCUAUUGAUCAGGAUUGAUUUAAUAAUGACUCUUACUUUUCUAUAAAACGGAAGAAAUUCACAGCAAACAUGUCUCCAAUCAGUUUUAUCGGUUUAGCUACUUUUUUGAUUUUUACAACUGAAACUCAUUCAACUGCAUCUGACUGGACUUCCACUUGUCUAAAAUGCAAGUGCAAGUGGGUGUCAGGAAAGAAAACAGCAGACUGCUCUUACUCACAUCACACUGCUGUACCUAGCCUAAGUUCUGAAGUGCAACAUUUGGAUCUAAACGGGAACAAAAUCCAUAGCUUAUCAAGUGACUCUUUCAAAUCCGUCGGUUUGGUACAUUUGCACAAGUUAUACUUAAAAAACUGUGGAAUUCAAGAACUUCACAAAGAUGCAUUCAAAGGCCUGCAGAUAUUGAUUGAACUAGACUUGUCAGAAAACAAAAUUCAUAUCCUUCACCCAGGUACAUUCCAGGGUAAUUAUAGACUAAGAAUCAUCUACAUGAGUAGAAAUCCGAUCCAAAGGCUAGAAGAUGGUCUAUUUACAAACCUCACAUUUCUUCAGACAGUGGACAUGUCUCAAUGUCUAAUCUCACACAUUAGCUCUAAGACAUUUGUAAAUGUGUCUAAUUUGCAUACAUUUAUAUUAAAUGGAAACCGUUUAUCACAUAUGAAACUUUCAGUUGUUGAUAAGCUAUAUAAAUUAAGAAGUUUAGAGCUGAAAAACAAUCCUUGGAGAUGUGAUUGCCAUUUGAAAGCAUUUCGAGACUGGGUAGUGGAUCAUAAAUUGUACUCACAACCUACAUUUUGCCAUGAACCUCAAAGCCUCGAAAAUAAAAUUUGGACUGACAUAGAAUCAGAAGCAUUUGCGUGCAAGCCACAAAUUUUGUAUCCCAAUGUAGGGACUACUGUUGUAGCGGACGGCGAUGAAGUUUCUUUAAGUUGUCGAGUAACAGGAAAUCCAACACCCGAAGUACACUGGGUUUACAAUGCUCGAAUAAUAACAAACAACACAAGAACAAAAUACGGUGAUUUGAAAUACCUGGUAAGAUCAAGUGGAGAAAUAAAUAGAUGGGUAAAUGUCACUGUGACCAGAGUCAGACCUCAAGACAGAGGAGAAUUUACAUGUGUCGCUAAAAGCUUUGGUGGUGUGGAUGAAAGAAACAUUACUUUAAUUGUUAAAUCUUCAAAUGGAGGCUAUAUUGGAUCUGCAGGCAUAGCAAAUUCUUGGCCAAUUGUAAUUGGUCUAACAACAGGGCUGACGGCCGUUUUCCUUAUCGUAAUCAUACUGUGUUGUUGCUGUUGUCGUAAAAGAAAGAACUUACUACCAGGAAAAAAAUCUCCCGUCAAUGGUGUAUCACCUAAUGGUGACAUAACCCACCAUAUUGGUGCUGCUGAGCAAGAAAAGAGUUUAUUGGCUGUGAACCCUGUUCAGAAGCCUCCCAGGCGAUAUGAAGUUCAAAUAUCACCUACUGCUGGCACUGAAAUGUCAGAAUUAAACAGGAAGCUUCUAGAUGAUGGAUCUGUUAUAGCUCAUAGUAUACUUGGAGAUGAAGAUCGUUCCAGUGAGAGUAUUGAAACAACACCACAAAGGCUAAGGGAUAAAUUAGAAUCAGAAACAUAUCCUCCAGAUCUCAUCGCUUUUCAAGGACGAGGUCAUACUGCAUCCCCAGCAGGUAGUUCUACAUCGACUGCUCUUGAUCCAGCUAGUAGACACACGUUGCAUUUAGGUCACCAAUCACCUCUACAUAGUCCCAUUUACAAUGGUUUUGGAAUGUUACCAUAUUCAAGAUCACAGUCUCCAUUUUCUCCAGCUGCACCUAUUAUAUUGCCUUGCCAAGGGUAUGUCACCAUACCAAGAAGACCUAGAAUUCCAAGUUGGUCCUCAGCUCCAACACCAUCACUUCUUGAAGAUCCAUUAUCCCCAAUAAAAGCUGAACCUGUUUAUGACAAUUUAGGACCGAGAACGACAGUAGAUGGUAGUUCAAUUUUAUCUCUUAACAAAGCCGGUACUGAUACAAACCCUAGAAGGAAAACUCCUUCAAUUCCAAGCAGUUUUUCACCAUAUGAAGAGAAAGAAGGUGGAAUUUUAAGGCCAUUGCCUUCCCCACUCUCACCCGACGAUAAGAGAUAUUGGCGUAACAGAAGUGGUGACGGCAUUUUAAAAAGGGUUGGAUCUGCUGACAUGCCGAUUGAAACCAUUUCCAAAGCAAAAGUUGCUCCCAAACCUCCUCCAAAACCAAAAAGCAAUGUUCCUCUCUACGAAGAUGAGGGUGAAGACGGCACUGAAGUCUGAGAACUACUGAACUGUAUAAUGUGUUUUUACACAUUACUAAUGGCGUUCAGUCAUGUGUCCAUUUUAUGGGGUGUAAUGCAUUUGCCUAAUGUGAACUUGCCAAAUACUAUUUUGAGAAAAGGAAAUAAAUAUAUUUUAUUUACAAAUGACAAUGAUAACAUUGUGACUGUGUGUAUAAAAUAAUAGUUGUGUUGUAUCCUCAUGUUUACCAUUUGUGUACAUAGUUGUUUACAGGGUACUGUAUUUGUAAAAUAGGUAUUUACAGCCCUGUCACAAAGUGAUAUUUUUAUUUUUGACUGAUGUAAGUGCAUAAUAUAUUACUAAAUUUAUAUGUUUAUAUUUGCUAUAUGUAAUAUAAUGAAAAAACAUUUUUAUCAGUGUAUUAUAGAUUAUAAUUUCAUUUUAUACAUCCACAGGGUAUAUUGUAAUGGAGUGAUCAAUUUUAGAGAUUGGUGUUUCAUUAAGACCAUUCAUUAUUCAAAGAGCCAAAAUCGCUUUGAAUAAAUAAUAAAAUCAUUUUCAUAACUUUGGAUAGUAAAUUGAAUAAAUGUAAAAAAAUACCAUUGAUAUAAAAAAGAUUGUUUAAAGCUAAUCUGAAAAAUUAAAAUAAAUCUGGCCUGCGUGUUUUUUAAAUUUUCAUUUACUGAAUCGUAAAGAUGACCAUACUCAUGCAAUUCUUAUAGAUCCAACAAUUUGUUCUAACAUUAACUAUAAUUAAUAAUUCAUUUAAUAUUAUAAUAUUGUUUAAAGCACUCAUUUGGAAAAUAUUGUUUUUCGAUU